AUGUCUGGACUUGACGUAGAGGCUCUCCUUGAGUCUACUGCGGCCGCGCCCGCCGAUACUCCUAUCAAUUCGGAGAGCCGUGAUGACCGCUCCCGCGCCGACCCCAGUGAACGCCGUGAUCGUUCCCGCGACAGACGCCGUCGCGGCGACCGGAGCCGUGACCGCCGCCCCGACCGAGACACUGAUGGCGAUGAAGCAAUGAAGAGCGACACUGCCAGUGCUAACGGAAGCCUUAGAAGCCGAAAGAGGAGCAAAAGUCGCGAAUCUGAGCGGCGCCGUUCUCGCCGUGACGACUACCGCUCCAACGGAGACUUCUACCGCGGUGGAGGUCGUGCUCGCUCCCGCUCCCGUUCCCCCUAUGAUGAUCGUCACUACCGGCCCAACCGCCGUGAGCGCGACGAAGAAAGGCGUCCCCGCCGUGAUAAUGAGGCCCGCCGUGGAACUCCCAGUCGCAAGUCCCCCGAACUUAACGAGGAUGAACGCGACAAGCGCACCAUCUUUGUGCAGCAGCUUGCUGCUCGUCUCCGCACCAAAGAUCUGAUAACCUUCUUUGAAAAGGUCGGCCCCGUGAAGGAGGCUCAAAUCGUCAAGGAUCGUGUUAGCGGACGCUCCAAAGGUGUUGGAUACGUCGAGUUCAAAGCAGAGGAAUCUGUUCCCGCCGCCAUUCAACUCACUGGCCAGAGACUCUUAGGAAUUCCCAUCAUUGCGCAACUGACCGAGGCGGAGAAGAACCGUCAAGCCCGCAAUCCCGCGGCCACUACAGGCAAUCAGCACACCGCACCGUUCCACAGACUCUAUGUCGGUAACGUUCAUUUCAGUAUCACCGAAGCUGAUUUGAACAAUGUCUUCGAACCGUUUGGCGAGCUCGAGUUUGUUCAGUUGCAAAAGGACGAAACCGGUCGAAGCAAAGGUUAUGCCUUCGUUCAAUUUUCCAAUCCCGAACAAGCUCGCGAUGCUCUUGAAAAGAUGAACGGUUUUGAACUUGCUGGACGAGCUAUUCGAGUUGGUCUUGGCAAUGAUAAGUUCACCCCUGACUCGAACGGCAAUCGUCCCUCGGGUUCAUCUACCAACCAAAACUUCCAGGGUUCCUCAUUCUCCGGCCAGGGAGGUCGCGGCGUUCAAGCCGGCGGUUCUAGCAACUUUGACCGUGCUGGCGGCAGGGAAUCCCAAAAGGGCGCCGGUGCCAGUGCCCUCGAUGAUACCGAUGUUGCCGGUGUGAACUUCAACAACUACUCUAGGGAUGCAUUGAUGAGGAAGCUUGCACGAACUGAUGAACCCCAGCCUUCGGUUGACGACCAGCAGAAGUUCCUCCGACCCAAGACUGAGACUAAGCCAUUACCCGUCAAUGUUAACAUGGCUAGUCGGUGUGUCAAGCUUCGCAACAUGUUUGACCCUGCCGACGAGACUGGCGAAAAUUGGAUCAAGGAACUGGAGGAGGACGUCCGCUCCGAGUGUGAGAAUAAAUACGGCCACGUUGUUCACAUUUCCCUAGAUGCCAGUUCCCAAGGAGACAUUUACCUGAAGUUCGACCGCGUUCAAGGCGGCGAGAACGCCAUCAAGGGCCUCAAUGGCCGAUUCUUCGGCGGAAGACAGAUCACCGCCUCCCCCGUUGUGGAUGCCGUUUACAGCACCCUCUUUUCCCGGACCAAGGCCAUCUAA